AUGGAGAACACUGCUGCUGGACGUAAGGAUAAUAGUCAUCUCUUCAACGUCGUGUACGAUCCUCGCUUUGACAGGUUCUUCCUUGAAGACGACGAUGUGUACUGUAGCAGGAAUCGCUCUCUUGAACGCCAGAAAGUCUCCAUUCCAUGGGAAAAGUGGAUCAUACCGCCAAAGUCUCCGCCCAAGCGUGUCCGGCAAGACAACGUCAACUCUACCGCCAAAGAUCCUGCAAGUGAUUCUGGUUCAACAGCCAAAGACACUAAACCACAGCCGGUGGCAUCCGUUGAGGUGAAGAACAAUUUGUUAACCGACAAUACCAGUGCUGAUGAAGACACGCAGAUAAGCUCACUGGAAGUUCCAACGCUAGACUUGUCGAGUGGCAAGCCGUUGGCGGAAGACUCAGCACAGAUCGUGGAAAGGAUUCCUACGGACCCUGUUUCCGCCAAACCAAAGAAGAUUCGAGAACAAGACUACACAAUUCAUUUCGAGCGAAGCAACCAAGACGUAGCAAACAUCAUGGUCUCUAGUGUUGUCAAUACCAAGCCAAACAACGAGAACCACGUCAAGUGGAACGGACAAGUGCUUCAUGUAAAAUUCCCUGGCCUUCGACUAGAGUCCGAGAACCAAAGCACAACCACCAAAGCUGAAGCACAGCAACGUGAACAUCUUCACGGAUCAGCGCAUGAUCAGUGGUUAGCCUCGACGUACAAGUUCAAAAACCUUAUGAGAAUCCGUGCUCAUGCUGACGGAUUACGUCGUGUCAACUCGGCCAACCGCUUUGUAGCGGUGUCUUCAUCCGAGUCUUCGGAUUCCGAGGAAGAGAUGAAAACUGCAAUACAUGAAGCAGAAGACGAGAACGACUUGAUGCCAGUGUUCUUCCGAGACGACCGCGUCCUCUUCCGAGCUAAAGGUCGUUUGUUUAAAGGAACAGUUCGUCGUCGUAUUCCCAAGUCGGAUUUCUACAAUAUUCGCGCAGAUAAUGGCAGUUUGUUUGAUGCUGUCAUAGCGUCCAAGAUGGAGCUGCUCGAUGAGCCGGAAGAGCAGCCAUAUUAUCAAUACUCCAAAGGAGAUAAGAUUUUAUGGGUGCCUGAUGCCUACAGCAACAAUUCCGACGAGGAAGAACUGACGUAUAAGGCCAAGAUUGUGCAUGUGCAUCCAUUGAACCGGUUCGAUCUGCUAUUGCGCACUGGUCGAGUAGCCAAGAAGGUGCCGUACGAACAGCUCCGUCCUCGCGAUGAGUCCGAUUUCGUAUCUACAGCGACGUCAAGGCAUCGGUAA